CUGGAAUGUUUAUGAGACUAAGAAUAUUUAUUUAUUUGCUUAUUUUUUUUUCAUGUUUAUACAAUCUGGAGCAUAUUUAUUUGUGACAUUCAUUGCUGUGUUCCAUGUUAAUCUAGUACUCGGAUUACUGAAAACAAAAUCACAUUUGGCUAUGAUAUGAAUAUCUUUCCUGAGGCAACAUCAUUUCCUUGUACAUAAUCUUGCAGAGUAAAUUCGUCCUAGAAGCCACUGAACUAACUGUACUAAAAUGAAUGUCAGUCAACAUAAUCAAGAAGUACUGACCCCGUUUGUUCUAAAUUUGUUCAUACUUAAUAAAAGUUCGGCAUGCAAAAAGAUGGAAUCACAACCCGUCCUUGAUAUUGUCAGAGCCUAUUGGACUAUGGUGCUAAUACUAGGCCCAUUAAACACUAUACUGAAUGGAUUAUGUAUCUACAUCUUUAAUCAUAGUGCAUGGAAGAAAUCAGUUAUGAGCAAAAUAUUGAAAGGUCUUUCAAUCAUUGAAUUUGGAAUGGGAUUCAGCUUAUUUAUCAAUGCGGUAACUUCAAUCAUAAACAUAAGUAAGGAGAAUGUAGUCAUGAAUAUGAUUUCAAAAAAUGAUGGACAAAACAAGUUACAAAAACAAUUUAAUGAAAAUUACAUAGAAGAACAUAAAAAUGACUAUGUGACAACAAUAUGCAUCUUUUUUAUUACAACAGUAUGUAGUCGAAUUUUAGCAGUAUUUCAAAUAUCACGAAACUGGUCAGUUGUUUUACUUGCAGCCUAUCGUUAUGAUCAAAUCUGUCGACCACUUGGUACACCAAGUUCAUUUCCACGUGAACGUAUGCGUUACAUAUUAUGGGCUGUAUUUACGCUAGCCUGUUUAAUUAUCAUACCAAGAAUAUUUGAAUCCAGUGUAGUUGUUUGCUAUAUGUCAGGGAUUGUUUCAAGAGAAAUUCCUCUACUGCUUAGUUAUAAAAUUUAUCAAAUCUUGUACUUAGGAAUAAUUAUGUUCAUUGUACAAUCUGGUGGACCAGUAAUCUGUGUUUGUGUUUUAAGCGCUUUUGUUAUAAGAGUUAUAGCGAAACGCAGAAAAUUUCAUCGAGAAAAAGAAAAACGGUCAGCAAGAAAUUUAUUAAGACGUCAAACAAUUGAAACGGAGGCUAGUCAAGCAAAUCCUAAUACUUCUAUACACAGUAAAACUAAUGAUAAUCAUAAUUUACAACAGCGUAAUUCUAAUGGUCUAACACUAGAGUUAAAUGAAAGACCAGCACCAUCUGGUGACAAAUUAAUGUUCGCUGUAUGCAUUACAUUCUUUGUAUUAGAAACACCGGCAUUUUUUAGUAAAAUACUAAAUCCAUACUUAGAAAAAGACUAUCCAUUAGUUGAUAUGACAGUAUCGGUGAUUGCGAAUUUAUUGAUCUAUUUAGAUUCAACAUUGAAUGCAUUUGUUUAUAUGGCGUCAAAUCCUUUAUUCCGUAAAAUUGCUCGAGAAGAGUGUAUACACUUUCGUGAUCGUUUUUGUUGUUUCAAAAAGACGAAACCACCUCUUUUGAAUAAAAAUAGUCGUCUUUUAGAAAACGAAUCGAUCACAGCAACAACAAACUUCUGAACAUGAUGAUGCAUUAUGUUUACAUUAAAUAAAAUUUAUUUACCGUUGUACAAAUCCUGUUGUUGUAUAGUUGUAUAGUUCUUUUCAGUCUUCUUUUUUCAUCUUAAAAUAAUAUUUUAAAGAGUCCUAUAAUAUAUGGGUGUAUUUAUCCUGCAGUUGUAAAUGAGUAUGGAUAGCUUCUGAUUACGGGCAUGCACUGUAUACCAGUGAAAUACUAAAAAUCCUGAUUAUACACCUUUUUAAUAUAUUUAUUAGCCCAGCCAGUUUUUAAAACAAUCAAAAUCAAUCUAUUGAACUUAAACCGUAUCAAUCUGCUAUAAACUCUGAAACUAGAAGUCCCAAUCCCAAUCAACUCUCUAUUCGACACUGUAGAGAGUUAGAUUAUCAUUUCACAGAGUUCCAUAAAACAUUUAAACAAUCAGACAGAGGAGUAAAAUUUUGUGAAUAAUAAUUGUUUUUUGUUGUCUUAUAGGAAGAGAAUUUUUUUGCAAAUGUCAAUCGUUUAUGUCUUAAACCAUGUCCCUCAAGAGUGAAAAACUUUCAACCCUUGCAUUUUACAACAUUAUCACUAAACUUUGCAUAAUGUAUACUACUUCGUUUUAAAUCAUUGUACUAAACAUUUUGAAAUGAUAAUUAUGGGUUUCAUAAACAUACCUUAAGAUUUAUUGUGUUAUAACAACGCCGAAAUUAUUGUAACUAAUGCCGGUUUUUAGAUGCUUCUAUGAUUGUCAAUGCUUGAAGAAUAAUUUUUCUUAUGUUGUCAUUAAUGAUCACUUAAUUUUCUUGAAAGCAGCAGAAUCGAUGUAGUUACAUGCAUGUGAAGAGAUUCUCCACCAUUGAGAUUUUUUUCACCCUAGUUUAUGUGUUUCAAAAGUAAGCUGAAUUCUUAAGAACUGUAAGAAUUAUUGCUUUUAGGAUGAACAACAAGCUGUGUGUGGUCAAAAACAAACUGUUUAUUUUGGCUUAAUAUUUUCUAAGCCAGCAUGAUUUAACUUACACAUCUAAAAUCUAAUUUUGAUAUGUUUCUAUCUACUAAAAUGAAUAAAUCGCUUAAAUAACGUUAAACGGGGAUUUGCAUUAGUUUUACUAUUAACUAUGGAAGCAAAAUAGUAUAAUAGUUUGACAAGGAUAACUUUUUGUAAAGUAAACAUUGUAUUUAAAGUAAUUAAGAAUGCGAUAUAGCAAACGUGAAAACCAAUCGAAAGAUGAUAAAGUAUCUUAGUUGACUUUUCAUUGUCUCAAAGAUGCAUAGACUACAGCGAUAAGAAAACAAUUGUAAAAUCGAUAAUUAAUAGCGCGAACUUAUUUU